AUGGCUUCUCGCGAGGUCUUAAACUUUGUGCAGGGAUGCAAACUCAAUGAGACACUCCUGAAGAAGCUGAAGAUAGCAUUGCAAACUAUCAAUGCAGUGCUGAAAGACGCGGAGGUGAAGCAAAUUACGAAUCCAGAAGUCAAAGAGUGGGCGGACGAGCUCAAAGAUGCUGUCUAUCAUGCAGAGGACCUACUGGACCAGAUUGCCACCAAAGCUUCGCGAUACAAGAUGAAUGCUGACAUUCGCAUUAGUGCAAUUCAGGUAAGGAGCACCAACUCUGCCUCGCUGAGUCCAUUUGGUGAAGGGGUAGAAUCCAAGGUAGAGGAGAUCAUUGAUAGGCUAGAGUUACUUGCACAGCAAAAAGAAGCACUUGGUUUAAAGAAAGGGAUUGGAGAGAAACUACCAAAACGAUGGCCGUCCACUUCUCUGGUGGAUGAAUCUGGUGUGUAUGGAAGGGGGGCUGAUAAGGAGGAGAUAAUUAAGUUUUUGCUCUCACAUUGCAGGAACGGCGAUAAGAUAUGUGUGAUCUCCAUUGUGGGCGCUGGUUGUGUUGGCAAGACCACACUUGCUCAGCUCGUAUACAAUGAUAAGAGAGUGAAACAACAUUUUGACCUCCAAGCGUGGGUUUGUGUUUCAGAUGAAUUUGAUCCUUUUAGGGUAGUCAAACAAAUUCUAGAGGCAACCAAUUCAGGGAGUUGUGAGUCUUGUGACUUGAACAGCCUAAAUUUGCUUCAAGUUAAAUUGAAGAAAAUACUUGAUCGGAAGAAAUUUCUACUUGUUCUUGAUGAUGUUUGGAAUGAGAAGUACAAUAAUUGGGAUCUGCUACGAACUUCACUCGAAUUUGGAUUAGGGGGAAGUAAGAUUAUCGUAACUAUGCAUAAUAGAAGGGUGGCAUUAAUCAUGCGUGCAGCCCAUACUCAUCACCUCCCACAAUUAUCUUUUGAAGAUUGCUGGUCACUAUUUGCAAGACACGCAUUUGAUAAUGGAGAUUCAAGUCCAUAUCCAAAGCUGGAAGAGAUUGGCAAAGAAAUCGUGAAAAAGUGUAAUGGCUUGCCUUUGGCUGCAAAAACACUUGGUGGUCCCUUGUACUCUAAUGUAAAGGCAGAUAAAUGGGAUAAUGUAUUGAAAAGUGAAAUGUGGGGAUUUCCUGGUGAAGAAAUUCUUCCGGCUUUAAGGUUAAGCUACUAUUAUCUUCCUUCACAUCUAAAACGAUGCUCGCUUAUUGUUCCAUUUUCCCCAAAGGCUAUGAAUUCCAGAAGGAAAGUCUGA